AUGAGUUCGCCUAACAUUGAGUCGUGCCUCUUUCCGUGCAUCACCUCUUCUACUAGUUCAUCACCCGAUGAGACAAUUGUGUAUUGGGACAAGUUUGAAUGGGAGGUCAGAAUUUCCGACGUCUCGUUGCUGCAGAGCCUGAUGCACUCGUGGGCCAUUGUGCUAGCCAAGUAUACAGACUCUGAGACGCUUCGCUUCGGCAACUUGUCUGGUUCGACGGGCAUUCAGACUUGCGAUGAGAUAUCGGUCGAAGAAUAUGAAGCUUCUGUAAAUUCUGCCGCGUACUUGUCAGACGCUGUCUCGCUCAUAAGUCGGAAAAAAUGUCAAAUCCAUGAAUGGAAGUGCAGAGACCGGAUCAACACAUGCGUCGCGACAGACUUACACCCGGGCUGGCUGAAUGACUGGAAAAGCUCUUCUAAUCAUGGCAUUCAACUCUUGCUUGUGGCAACACAGCAAGAAUGGCCAUGCAUCUCCUUGUAUGGUAAAGCGGGCCUCGUUGACAAAUCUUCUAUCCGAUAUUUGAGCACUGCUUUGCAGUACAUCCUUCAAUCCACCUUGGAGCGUCCGCAAGAGCUGCUGCAGAGCUUUGCUCUGACCCCUGACAAUCAUUAUCGUCAGAUCCGUGACUGGAACAAACACAUCCUCGAAGAGCCGUUUGCCCAAUGUAUCCACGACAUUUUCCAGGACAAAUGCAGCGAAAAUCCAGAUGCGGAGGCCAUAAAUGCCUGGGACGGUGCAAUGAGUUACGCCUCCCUGGAUCAAGAAUCAGCCAGGAUUAUGAACCUUCUGCGUCUACAGGGUGCUGGACCGGAAACAAUUGUUCCUUUGGUUUUCGAGAAGAGUAAAUGGACUGUUGUUGCUAUGCUGGGAGUUCUCAAGGCCGGAGCAGCUUUUGUUUUGCUGGAACCGUCCCAUCCUUUGGAGCGUCUGCAAAGCAUUUGCCAAGAUGUCAGGGCUCGAGUUCUCCUGACCUCUGAGCUUCACAAGAGUGUCGGGUUGCAGCUCGCCGACAACGUCAUCUCAGUACCCAGCGAUAAUGAGAACGGAGCCCCGUAUCGUGACAAAGUCUCUCCGUCUCAGAUUCAGGUUAAGCCAGGUAACGCAGCGUAUGUUGCCUUCACUUCCGGGUCCACAGGAAAACCGAAAGGGGUAGUUGUUGAACAUGGUUCGUUCUGCACCAAUGCGAUGGUCAGUUCUGAAGCGCAAAAUCUGAAUGGGUCCUCCCGCGUGCUUCAAUUUGCUUCCUAUGCCUUUGAUGUCAGCAUUCACGAAAGCCUUGUGCCCCUCAUGCUUGGAGGAUGUGUCUGCAUUCCUUCUGCUUCCGAUAGAGUCGAUUGUCUCGAAUACGCCAUUCUCCAGCUUCGGGUCAACUGGAUGGAGCUGACCCCAUCCGUUGCUCGGCUCCUAAGCCCCCAGCGAAUCCCCGCUGUCAAGACGCUGGUCGUCGGUGGCGAGUCUAUUGCGCCCUCGGAGGUCUCCCGUUGGGCGCCAUAUCUCCGCCUAGCCGUUGCCUAUGGCCCUGCGGAAUGUACGGUGGUAUCGCUCGUGCAUCCCAACUUCACCAAAGAUGCUGACCCCUUUUCGAUCGGUUGGGCCUGUGGGGGUUCAGUCUGGGUCGUCGAACCUGAGGACCACAACAAAUUGGUCCCUAUUGGUGCUGUGGGCGAAUUGGUUAUCGGAGGGCCCAUUGUGGGCAGGGGAUACUUGCAUCGACCCGAACAAACGGCCGCUGCUUUCAUUCAAAAUCCUCGUUGGCACAGAUCAGAGAACAGCCGGUUCUACAAGACUGGAGACCUGGUGCGCCAAAGGACCGACGGGAGUGUGUCCUUCCUAGGUCGCAAAGAUACCCAAGUCAAAUUGCGAGGUCAACGAAUUGAACUCGGGGAGAUCGAAAACCAGGCUGCCGAAUUCUUUCCUGGUGCUGCAAUAGCUGUGGAGGUUGGCAAGCUCUAUCAUGGACAUUCGAGCUUGGUUAUGUUUGUGGAGUGGAGUUCAUCGAAGGAAGAAAAGAGAUACAAGGACAAAGACAGCUGUCGGGCGACUCAUAAGGAAUGCUAUCGAUUUUGGCCAAGGGCGCUUCGAGCUAAAACAGGCCUUGCAAAAAUACUCCCGUCUUACAUGGUCCCGGAUUUGAUGGUGCCCUUGUGCGCCAUUCCUCUCUCCCCAACUGGCAAAGUGGACAGGAAGGCGUUGCGAUCGAUAAUUUCUAGCUGGUCUAGGGAAGAGAUCAGAAAAUACCAGCCUACGGCGUCUUCCUUAUCCUCCAAGGAAAGGCAUCACGGUCCUGCUGCGCCAGAGGCCACUCAACAAAUGAUCAAUAUAGUUGCUCGCGUUCUGUCGCUUAAUGAGAGUGACAUUAAUGAGCACGAUAGCUUUUUUCAGCUUGGGGGUGAUUCGAUAUCUGCCAUGAUGCUCGCGCAAGAAUCCGAGAGUAUACCUUUUCUGCAAUUCACCGUCGCGGAUAUUUUCCAAUCCGUUGAUAUCUCUGAGCUAGCACGACGUGCACAUACUAUGACGCGUGAGAAAACCCCCAGGGAAUGCAGUAUACCAAACCAUAUUCUGCCGUUCUCGCUCUUGAGCCCAGGGAAGGUGGACGCCUAUGUCCAGAUUGCAGCGGAGCACAGUAAUGUGGAUGCAUCACAAAUUGAGGAUAUAUAUCCAUGCUCGCCUCUUCAGGCGCGCCUGAUGGCCAGAACUGCCAAGCAGCCAGGCGCUUUCCAAGGGCGUUUCACUUUCAAGUUGUCCCCAGGCCUCGACAAGGACCGGCUACGAUGGGCUUGGAACCGUGCGGCAAAUUCUCUUUCAAUUUUGCGGACGAGGAUUAUCCACGCAUGGCAAUUAGGCGCCGAAAGCUUUCUUCAAGUUGUAGUUCGGGACAAGGACAUUGAAUGGAUCGAGGCAGGAACACGAAGCGAAAGUGAGGUGAAGAGAUCCAUGUCAUUUGGCUCCCCACUGAUCUACCUGGUUGCUCUGCGUGCGAAACUUAUUCCUACGUUGACUGUCGUUAUUCAUCAUUCGUUGUUCGAUCUGGUCGUGUUCCAGCAGAUUCUCACGACGGUUGAAACUGCAUAUAGAGGAGAGGCUCUUCUCUCGCAACCAUUUGCACCAUUCAUCAAGUAUCUCGGAGAUCUAAAUGUACCUGAAGCAUCAGAUUUCUGGAAGAGGGAAUUUGCCGGCCUCAAAGCAGUCCCGCUCCCUUCAAACAAGAACUUUACACGCUCGAAGCAUUUGGCUAUCAGCUGGACCCGCAGACGAUCUCUUCUCCCCGAUCCUAGCCCAUUAGGAACAACAACGUCGUUGCUGAUUCGCCUAGCGUGGGCAAUGGUACUUUCUCAGUACACCGGUACUUUGGACGUUGUCUUCGGCAUCACUGUCAUGGGACGCAGCAUGUCUGGCACUGUUGACGUGAAGGGCCCUACCAUUGCUACUUAUCCUCUUCGAGUCACACUCCACGGUGACCGCAGUGUCAGUGAAACGUUAAGGUGUAUUCAUGAUCAGGCCAUGAGCGUUGCGCCCUUUGAGCAGACUGGGAUGCAACGAAUCAGACAGUGUGGCCGGGAGGCUGCUAGCGCCUGCGAGUUCCAGAGCAUGCUGAUCGUUCAACCACCAUUAGAAAAGACACCUCUGGGCAGGAAGGGUACAUCGCAGUUGAUGACAUUGGAUGAGACCGGAUCUUGGAAGCACAAGUCGUACACCAGCUUCAGCACUCAAGCCCUGAGUGUCGUCUGUGAGCCUAGCGCUGAUCAUCUGGAAACGACGGCCUAUUUCGACCGAAAUAUCAUAAAGUCGCACCAGGUCACAGAUAUGUUGAGAAGUAUGAAUCGUAUACUUCGCCUUCUUGUAGGAUAUCCUGAUGCCCCCCUGAGGAGGCUUCUCAAGAAAUGUCCACCGACAUGCGAUCUUACCGACAAUCGUCACGAAAGCGUCUCCUUGGCCUGUCUAGAAGAAGCAGCUUCUGGAUACCUUGGACCUGGCAUUCCGGUGAUUGCGGACUGGGUCACGCCCCAGGGAUCUCAAGCCCCUAGUCUCGCACUUUUCGUUGGGGUCGUGAGUUUGGAUACAUUGUCAGACGAUUGCUCAGUCCUAGCAAAGGUGGAAGAGCCGCUGCGCACUCGAUUGAUUCAGCUUAUGCGCGAGCUACAACAAAGGCUUCUUGGGAAAACUGUGCGUUGUUGUUGUGUUCCCGUUUCCCUUUGUUAUAAGCCAUCCGUGACUCGUCUUCUUCUCGAUCGAUCUAGUGCACUAGAAGCUGCCGCCAAGCUCACCUGGGCAAGCUUAAUUUCGUGGCAAUCUUCACAGGACUCUAUUGCCAGCGAAGACUUGCUGCCCGUCGAGGUAGGGUUAAGACACGCAUUAGCGACAGUGCUACAGCUGAAGCCCCGAGAGAUUGGUGUUGAAGAUGAUUUGGUUUCCCUUGGGUGCGAUUCCCUUGUCGCCAUGCAGUUCGCUGCCCAGUGCAACCUGGACGGUAUCCAGGUGACGGUCGCGGAUAUCUUCCAGGCCAAGUCGCUCAGAUCCCUAGCUCUAAUGGUCAAGGGACGCCCAGCGCAACAUUUUCAAUCCACUGCAUUAGCAAGGUUCUCCUUAUUGAAGCCGACGUAUGAGAACCAAACGUCCUUCGAGCAAGACAUAUUUACGACCGUCGACAGUGACAGGUUGGGAAAAGCGACCGAAGAUGCAUUUCCGUGCACCCCGUCGCAUCUGGGACUUCUUUCUGAAUUGGGCAAUUGCCAAUCGCAUACGAUCUGGGAGGUCGGGGGGCCUGAUGAGCGGAUCAACCCUACGCAUCUAGGCGAAUCUUGGUUGAAGCUUGUUGAGCACCAUCCAGCACUGCGGACCCUCUUGCUGCCCAGUCUGUCGAAUCCAGCCCAAAUGUUCCAUGUCAUGCUGAAGAAGUCCCUUGAUGCCGUCGAGAUCUUGACCGACAUCGAUGAUUCCAUUAUACUGGAGAUUGCAAGGCGGCCUCGUCUAUCGAGCUGCGAUAAAAAAGGACUUCCAUACAAGUUUACAAUCUUCCAGAGCACAAGCGGGAGGGUUCUUUGCAAGCUAGAGGGGAGGUAUGCCUUCCUUGAUGCAAAUUCGGUCAUUAUCCUCUUGACAGAUCUUCGAAGGUCUUUACAAGGCAUUACGCUGUCGGAUUCAACAGUCAGUUCCUACUCUUCAUGGGUAUCGUUUCAGCAAAGUUGGGCUAAGGACCCCUCGCAUCUGCAUUUCUGGGAUCAGUAUCUGGCCAAUCUUCACCCAUGUAUCUUGGCUGGUGCGGUCGCGCAUGACCGCAGCGCGGUGCUCCCACACAGCCAAAAUCAUGAGAGGAAGUUUGCUGAGAGCAGAUAUCGUGGACAGAUGCGAUCCCACCACCAAACACUUCUUCAAGACACCCGCGCCCUGCGCGAAUGGUGCGACCAAAGGGGAGUAACAAUCACCAACGUGAUACAGGUUGCUUGGGCCCUUGUGCUCAGCGAACAAACGGCCCGGGACGACGUCUGCUUUGGAGCUCUAGUCUCCGGCCGCGAUGCACCCGUACCUCACAUCGGAAACAUGCUGGGAUCGCUCUUCAAUGUCCUCGCCUGUCGGAUCACGGUGCAAUCAGGCCCCGACCAUUGUGUUCUUAACCAUGUCUUGCAGGCUAAUCGCCGCUCAAUGGGAGAGCGGGCGUCCCACCAAUUCUGUUCUUUGAGCGAAGUCACACGUCGGAUACUUGGCGAAAAGGAGUCCGGAGCGCCCUCGUCCCUGUUCAACACCUGCCUAUCGGUUGAGCAGCCGCUUACCGACCAGACCGGGCCAAUGGAUGGGUGCUUCAGGGUGCUGGAAACAGUUGAAGAGACUGAGUAUGACAUGGUCGUCGCCGCCACAGUGCUGUCUGACCGAAUUGACGCUCAGUUGAUGUUCUGGGAUAGCUUUUGCGAUGCCUCUCGUGCUGCAGACCUUGGACAGGCUUUGGCUCAGGCAGUUGAGCAGAUUAUGGUUUGCGAUGGGAUGGAGGUUUGUGCUUGAGAUUUGGGUAAAUGACAAUCGGUUUGAGUGUAAUGUUGAGAUCACCUUGGGGGUGACUUGAUUGGUUUUUGUGGAUUUUUUGGUUAUUAUGAGCUAGUAUAUUCCGUGCCUUGUACCGGGGUUCUGAAGUUCUCGUGUUUGAUGUUGAGAUGAUAGUUGAAAUUCCACGCAUAGUUCUGAC